CCGUCAUUCGGGUCAUCUUAGCUAGUCGCUCUUUCCAUGUUUCCUGGCUUCUGCAGGUGAAACUCUAAGGCCACCAUGGUUCUAAAUCCAGUCAUUUCCAAGCUCUCUGGUAAACUGGUUGUAUUGGCCAGUUCCUCUCCUCGAAGACUGGAGAUACUCCGCAAUGCGGGUUUACGUUUUGAGGUGGUGCCAUCUUGGUUUAAAGAAACUCUCAAUAAGGGACUUUUCAAAGCCCCUCAUGAGUAUGCUGUUGAGACAGCCAAGCAGAAGGCCCUGGAGGUGGCCAGGAGGAUGCCAGUUAAACACUUGAAAACUCCUGACAUGGUGAUCGGAGCAGAUACAAUUGUGACUGUCGAUGGUAUGAUUCUGGAAAAGCCGGUGGACAAACAGGAUGCGUACAGGAUGCUAUCUAGUUUGAGUGGUAAAGAGCACAGUGUAUUUACUGGAGUUGCCAUUGUCUUGUGUCAUGAAAAAGACGACGAUGAACUGGACUACCAGAUGAUAGACUUCUAUGAAGAAACAAAGGUUAAGUUUGCAGAUCUCUCACAAGAUAUGCUAUGGGAGUACAUCAAUAGUGGUGAGCCCAUGGACAAAGCUGGUGGCUACGGCAUUCAAGCUCUCGGCGGCAUGCUGGUGGAGUACGUCCAUGGAGACUUCUUAAACGUUGUCGGGUUUCCCCUCAACCACUUCUGCAAACAAUUAGACAUUAUUUACAACCACUGCUCUUUCGUCAACCCUGAGACAACUGAAUCUGUCUACGACCGUCAUUCCACCCCAAUUCUAAUUGAGCAGAAAGACACCUCCACAUCCAUCCCCAGACACAGCAGCCCUUCGGCCAGCCCACUUCAUAAGGUAAAAAAGAAAGACAGAGAAAGUGAGGCAAAGGUCAAUAGGUUGUCGAAACAGGAUGCCGGGGAGAUCAAGCUUCAUAAUUCUGAAACUACCAUGUUGUCCGUAAUGAGGAGUAGAGAUGGAGCCGUCAUUGACCAAACCGAGCCUAAAAAGGGAGACUUGGGGCUGAUUUGUGAGCUAAUGGAUGGAUUCAAAGCCUCAAAGGCGCUGUUCACAGCAUCGAAGUUCGGCUUGUUUGACGUUCUGCACAAGAAGCCUGGGCUGGACGCAGAGCAGAUAGCCCAGGAGAUCAAAGCCUCUGUGAAGGGGACAGAGACGCUGCUGGAAGCUUGUGUGUCACUGGGACUGCUGAAGACCAGAGAUACAGCAGGAUGCCCAAAACCUGGAUUUGAGAACACAGAUGCGGCUUCAUGUUUCCUGCGCUCAGAUUCUCAUUUCUCGCUGCACGCCUACAUUCAGCACUGUAACGACACAUUGUGGCCUGUUUUCGCUCACCUCGAAAGCGCGGUGCGGGAGGGAACUAGCCAGCGUGGGAAGGUCAAGUCAUCUACAGAGAUCUGUCAGGAACCCAGACUGAGAUUCAUGCAUGCCAUGCACAGCUCUGCUAAAGUUGCAGCUACAGCCGUGGCAACGGCCUUUGACCUCUCCAGCUACAAAACAGCCUGCGACGUGGGGGGAUGCACUGGCGCCAUCGCGUACGAGUUGAUUAAAAUCCACCCCGACCUGUCUGUAGCUGUGCUCGAUUUGCCUGCCGUUGUGGAGAUGAGUGCACCGUUUCAGCGGCAACACACGGACAAAAGGGUCACUUUCAAAGCUGGAGACUUCUUAAAGGACGAAUUGCCUAAAGCAGACCUGUACGUCCUGGUGAGGAUUCUCCAUGAUCUGACCGAUGAGAAGCUGCAUAUUCUGCUGAGGAGAAUUUCAGAAGCAUGCACUCCAGGCUGCGGCCUCCUGCUGAGCGAGAUCUUUCUGGAUGAAAACAGAAGCGGCCCGAGCCGAGGGCUGCUGCAGGCUCUCAGCAUGAGCGAGGGGAAACAGCGAAGUGCGGCGGAGUACAGUCGGCUUUUAAAGGGCCACGGUUUCAUAACGGCACAAGUGAAGCACACAAACAGCCUUCUGGAUGCAAUGCUGUGCACCAAAGCAUAACAGACUUGCACCCUUACCUACAUUUAGACCUUUGUGAUGUAGGUUAUGAUGUGGGUUGUCAUUGAACUUUGCCAAUAUUAAACACUUAACUCUUC